AUGUCUAAAGAUACCCUAAGAUCAAAAAUAUCUAAUAUACAAUUUAAAUUACAGUAUAAGAGGAAACAGCAAAACAAGAAAAAAAUCUUAAAACCUUACGGCUUUUGUUGUUCAAUUGAUAAUGUUGAUCCAUUAACAAAAUAUGACAGACUAAGGUCAUUUUACAAACAUUCAUUAACUUCUACACAUGCAAUGAAUGAAAGUCCAAUUUUGAAAUUUCAAACAGAAUUUAUUGAUCAUGUAAGUUAUGAUUUAAAAAAAAAAAGUCUCAAAAACAAGCUGUUUGAUACAGGAGAUCACAAGCAUAAAAAUUAUAAGAAAAAUAAACAAAAUUUAAAAAAUUUAAGAAAACUACAUAAAAUAAAAAAACUAUAUAAAUUACAUCGUAAUUCAUUUAAUAAUGAAGACACACAUAAUUCUGAAGAUAUCCAUGAUGAUUCCAAUUUCGAGGAUUUACGUGAUGAAAAGGUAACAUUCCUUCUUCAAGGACCAUUAAGAUGUUACUUAGAAGAAGAAAUUGCUGCUGCAAAAGAUAUACUAUGGGAACAAAAAAACAAAAUAUACAGUGAAGAAAUGGAUAAACAUACUGAAAUUGGAAAACAGAAAACACAACUUAUGAUGAAAAAGAAAACAAGUAGAUAUCCUCUAUGGUAUCAGGAUUUUUCUAUUAACCAAAUAAGGGAUUUAAAGAUGUUGCAAUGUAUAAUGCAUAAAGAUUGUGAAGAGAUGGUAACAGGACGUACUCAAAGAACACUUAUAUCAAUUGGAAUUAUAUCUACAUUUUUCAAACUUUCACCAAAUAUUAUUAGAAAAUUACAGGAAACUUGUAAUUGUAAUGUAAUAGAAUUUUUAAGAGAAAUUUACAAGAUACUAACUGGAAAUUAUUUUGAAGAAGAAAGAUAUAAAAAAUUUUAUGAUUGCAACGAAAGAAUAAUUUUAUCAGCUAUUGCAUUCUUGACUUUACCAGAAACUGUUACAGAGCUACAUAAACGAUUACCUCCUGUAGUAAUACCAAAAUUACGUCCGAAACCCACACUGCCAAUAUUACCAAUAAGACAAAAAAUGGAAUCACCAUAUGAAGAAGAACUCUUUAUACGACCAGACUGGGCAACUUUUUAUAAUCAGUUACAGCAUUGGCAAGAACAACAUCAAUUAAUGCCACUGCCAAAUGUAAUAUUACCACCUAAAGAAUGCAUUUUAAGUAAUUAUAAAAGUGCAAAAAUCAGUGCUUAUACUGAAGAGAAUAAACAUAGUAAAAUACAAAAUAUUCCUCAAUAUAAUCAAUUGCUUCAUGUUAAAAGGAAUCCUUCUCUUCAAAUUAAUCAAAUGCAUAACAUUUUUACUAAAAAAAAGCAAGGAAGAAAUACUGUUAGUAAUACAAAGCAAACAAAUAACAUACCAAUCAAAGUAGAAGUUAAUAAUUCUACUAAUAAUUUAAUAAAUUCUAUUGAAUUAUAUCAAAAUGUAAGUAAUUUUAAUGAAAAUGAACAUUAUAUACAAAAUAAUAAAAAUGAGGAAUUUAAGCAUGAUAACAUAAUAAAUAAUGUAGUGAAGCAUAGUGUACAAUAUCAUAAAGAAAAAUCUACUGGUCUUGAUAUCCCACCAUUAUAUGGAGAAAAUAGAUUAUUUGAUUUUACAAUCAAUGGAAUUAGUGAAAAACCAGGACCAGUAGAAUAUAAAAUAUGUGGAGUUUUACAAUCGCCUCAACCAAAUAAAAAGUCUUGGCUUGAUGAAAAACAUGCACAUUACAUAAUAUCUGGUGCUUCAGAUGAACCACCAACUUGUCCUGUAACAUAUGAAAUGACUGGUAUUGCGAAUGUAACACCUACUAACAGCAAUGAGAAAUUCUUUGCUGUAUUGAAACUUGGAGAUGGACCUAAAAUGAUUUAUCCAAAUGGUAGAAAGAAUCUGUCUCGUCAUUGGCAAGAAUGGUUACAAAAUGUGGAUGAAGAAUUUCGAAAAGUAGAACGCGAAGCAAACAAAAUGAUAAAAAGUAUAGAGGCUGUAACAAAAUUAGUAUUUCCAAAACCUACAUGCGACAGUUGUUGUUCCUGUAGACAAACUAGGAAGUCAUAUAUAAAAGCAAAGGAAACAAAAGCACCUUAUUUUGUAAUAGAUACUAUAAUUGAGGAUGAUAAUAAAAACAAAUAUAUUGUAGGCUCAAUGGCAAUGCAUUCACCUGCACCCACACCACUAGAAUCGACCAUAAAUUUAUUAGAAGUUAUAGCCUCAGAAGAUAUUCUUACCACAAAUGUAAUAAUAAAUGGUGUUACAAAUGAAACAGGUGAAACUCAGUAUUUUAUUUCUGGCUCUAAGAAAGAUGUAAUACAUGUACCAGCACGAAUUAUAGAACCUUCACCUCCAAGACCACCUAGAAAUGUUCCACCAUGUGUAUGUACAAUUCAACAAAUAUUUAGUAAAGGCUUGAUUCAAGCAAUAAGUCAUGAUAAUAUACCAUGGACAAAAGAAGAUGGUUUAUGUUUUGGAAAAAGAUUUAGACCCCAAGAAUCUCCUGCAUAUUCCUGUAAAACAUAUCCAGGUGAUAAAUCAUGCAGAAGAAGUCCAUUUAUGAAUGAAAUAAUUAAAUUAAAAAAGAAAGCUGAAAGAGAAGAAAAAAAAGAACAAAAAUGUGAAAUUACUUCAAAAGAAAAGAAAAUGUAUAGUAUUGCAGAUUUUCAACCAUGUGGUGAUGAACAUGGUAUGAGUAUUUGUGGAGGACCUUGGAAUGUUUUGCAUACUUUAACACCAGAAGAAUUAGAAGAGCAGGAAAAAUUACGAAAAGAAAUAUUGAGAGGUCCACCAUGUGGAACAAAACCUGGACAAGCUGUCUGUGAAGGUCCUUUUGGAGCACGAAUACCACCAAAACCACCACAGAUAUUAAUAGAAGAAGAAAUUCCAGGAGAAGAAGAACCUGAUGAGGAAGAAGAAGAAGAUAUAGAAGAAGAAGAGAAAAUACAGGUAUCUCCUGUUAAAGUAAAGGAAAAAGAAAAGAAACGCGAUAAAAAAUGUCAUAUGAGUCCAGAAUCUAUAGCAACUAGAGAAAAGGUAGUUGUAAAAAAAAUUGAUAAAUUUAUUCCUGAUCCCACCUAUCAUGGCUAUGAUGACCCAUGGAAUAUAUUUCGUACAGCACCAUCAGUAAAAGAAUCUGAAACUGAUUUUAAAAAAUUAUUAAAGCUAAGUUCUCCAAAACCACCAGCAACACCUAUACAAUCUAAAACAUUGAUAAACAAAACUAAAAAAUCUGCGUUACAAGAAUAUAUUUCCGAAGUAAGAGAGUUAAAAAAGGUACCUCCAAUUCCUAUACGAGAUACGUCUGAAAACAUUUCGAAAAAACGUAUUCAAGAAAAAUUUAAAAAUAGAGAAGAAAUUGAUAAAAUAGAAUCAACUGAUAAAAAGAUAAUCCGAAACACAGAAACAAAAAAGCUACAUGAUCAAGUAGUAAAAAGUGAUAUUACAGAGGAUAAAAUAAAAGAUCAAAAUUUAAUAAAAUCCACGAGAACUAAACGCGAUCAAAAGUUGGAUAAAGAACCUUUGUCUUUUAAAUAUUUGAAAAAACAAAGCGAUAAAUCAAAGCCUAAGAAAUCCAGUACAACUAAAGAAAUACCUUUUACAAUUCAUGAGCGAUUCGAAAAACAAUUGGAACAAAUACGUAAUUUAACAAAUUAUGAUGUUCAUAAACAGGAUAAGAAUAGAAAAAGUACAAAGAAAUUAAGUCAUAAAACAACUUUAUUAGCAGACGUAAAAAAGAAAAAAAUAAGUAAACAGUCAAAGAUAAGAAAAAAAUCGGUAAGGCGGGAUAAGAAAAAAGAUGUACAUAUUGAUCAAGAUGUUGAUCCUGAAACAAUCUAUAAAAAUAAGGUACACGAAUUAAAAAAUAUGAUGAAAUCUUCUAAAAUUUAUCCUUAUGAUGUUAAACCAGUAGACAUCUCUGAUAAUCCUCCAACAAAAUGUCAACGAGAAUAUGAAGAUAUUGAAUUUGCAGCUGAUACUACACAAGAUGAAGAAGAUAUAGGUGUUCAAUUACCAAGUAAAGGUCCUUGUGGUUGGAAAACAAAGUCAGAACAACAAUUAUCAACAAAGAAAACUUUAGUAUACCUCCAUGAACCAGACUAUCCACCAGAAACAGUAGCAGUGAAAUCAGGAGGAAAACCAUGUAUUUGCCUAAAAAAUAGAGCAAAGAAAAAAAUAUUGUUAUAUAAUAUUGCAGGACUUAUAGGUGGAAAGAAAGUUGAUGGAGAAAAGAAGUUAUUAAGGAAGAAAAAAGAUGAAGAUAAAAAAAUGCAAGUUAUAGACGGUGCUAUUUAUUAUACUCCACCACCGAGUCUUCGUAGGAGCGAUGAAUAUGUACCUGAAUAUGAUCUUUAUGAAUCUCCAUAUGAUAUGUGUCUUACUGAACGUAAAAAUCAAGACCUUCAAUUUCUCGAACAAUACAGUAGAGUUAAGGUAUCAAAAGUUCCAGGAAAUAAGGAAUCUUGCGAUUGUAAUGACUACAUAGAUACAUAUGGUAUUCAAGCAACAGACAAAAAUAAUGAAAAAGCUCAAUUAAUGAAAGAACUUUAUAAAACUAGAGAAAAAUUAAUAAAUGCAAAGCCGCAGCGGGAACGUUGGGACCUCGCGCUUAAAGAUGUAGGUUUGAUUGAUUAUUUCGUGCGCUGCAGAGACAAUAUGCCUUGUUGGUUAAAGUGUGCUAAAUUUAACAAAAUGGGUUGUGCUAUACCAUACCAAAAACUCAAAACAAAACAACCAGUCUGCGAAUGUAAAUAUGAAAGAAAAAUACUUGAGCAUAGGGAGGAAAAAGUAAAAUGGAAGGAACGACAAAAACGAUUAAAAUCUUUGAAAAAACAGCCAUAUGUAAAUAUUACAAACAUUUCGAAACUAUUGAUACCAAAUACAAAAUUAAUGAUAUCAGGAGUAAAAAGAAUUCCAAAAGAGGAUGAAUAUGUAGACGAUAUUAAAUAUUGCAUAACUGGUGUUGCCGAAAACUAUUCUCAUUUACCACCUAAACAAGUAGUAGGUGGUGUUUAUAUGGUUACACCUAUUCAGACACCUGAACCAAGUGAACACAAAAUACCAUGUGUUUGUUUACAUAGACAUUGGUCGCCUAUGAAAAUUCCUCCCGGACCAUUGCUAAAACCUGAAGAAAUUUUACUUGCUAAGAAAAAACGUAGACAAGAAGCAGUAAAAGAAGCAUUUCGACAAAUUUAUGCUCCACAACCAAUAUAUCACACACAUAAUGAUCAUAGUUGCAAAGAAAAAUGUAGUGAAAGUUCGGAGGUGGAAAACGAUGAAAAUAUAAAAGAAAAUAAUGAAAUAUUUGAUAAUUAUAAUAUCGCAUUGCAUUUAAAAAAACCUGUUGAAGCUAAAAACAAAUUAACAAAUUCUCCGAAAUAUAUUAAACAAUAUGUUAAAUCAAAUAUUGAUUAUCCUCGGAAUAAAAUUGAAGUUGAAAACGUAAUACGGCAAAAACACUCCAACAAAAUAAGAAAUUCAAAUAAAGAAAAAAAUGAUACAAAUAUGACAGUGCAAAAAGCUUUCGAAAGUAAAGUAAGAAAUUUGCAGAAAGGAAAUAAGGACAUUAAAAGUGAAAGAGUUGAUUCACUUGUUGAGACAAUAAGUACUCAUGAGAAACGUGCAUAUAAAGAAAUUAAAAACGAUACACAAUUGCAAAAUAAUUCCAUUGAAUUAGAUAUAGAAAAUAUUGAUAUUUCGAAUAAAGAAAAUAAAAAGAGUUUUGAUAAUUCUAAAAGUUAUUUAAUGGCUGUAUUAAAGAUCGAAUUAAAAAAAAUGGCAACAGAAGGAUAUCUGUUUGCAAAACUACCGAAAUGUUUUUUAAUGCCACAACUGCGAUAUUGGUUGAUGUACAGAGAAGGAAUAGCUCUUAGUAAUACAGAUAAAUAUAAUUCAAUACGCAAAAGUGUUAAUAUGUGGAACAUGAUAGAUACGGUAGCUGCUAAAUCUAAAAUUAAACCUCCACCGUUAAAAAUGAUGGAACUACAGCAGAAAGAAUUAACUUUCGAUAAUGCGCAAAAAAUAAAAAAAGAGAUAACAAUGAAAAAGAAUAUAUGCUAUAGCCAACUUCGCAAGGAACGCGUUUUAUAUGGGCGAUCGAUGUGGAAUUCAAUGGAACACGGAAAAUUCCCGUCAAUAUCAUUUAAACAAGCAUAUUUUACAUACAUGGCUAGUAAAGAAGCCGAUGGUCAUGUUUUUAAACCGUGGUUACCUUCGGAAGUACGCGAAAUGAAUUAAAAAAUAUAUGCUCCAUGUUACGUAAAAUUU